AUGGGGGCAACCCCUUUUCACCACUCCAUUCUCGAGGUCCGGCUUCCGAAGCAUUUCGAUAAGCCAACGGACAUGAGAUAUGACGGCACCCAAGAUCCUCAAGAACAUCUAACGGCCUUUGAGGCCAGGAUGAAUCUAGAAGGUGUGGAUGAUGAAUUCACCACGUGCAUUGCUAAAGCAAAGCACCCGAUCAACUUGCUAGGGGUGAGGCAGAGAAGCGGAAAACCGACCAGGAAGUACCUGGAUAGGUUCAAUGAUGAAUGCUUGGAGAUUGACGGCCUGAUCGACUCGGUGACCAGUCUAUGCUUGAUGAACGGAUUGCUGAACGAAGAUUUCAGGAAGCACCUUACCACCAAGCCCGUAUGGACGAUGCAAGAAAUCCAAAAUGUGGCUAGGGAGUAUAUCAAUGACGAGGAGGUUAGCCAAGUCGUUGCAGCCAACAAGCGGCAGCCUGCCUAUAACCCUGCUCGUCAGCCCGGUAACAGGGAAAGGCCUAAGGAGCACUCCAAGGACGGAGCGCCAGCUAAAGCCUUCAAGCCGUUCCCCCAGCCACGAGAACUCAAGGAUAGAACUAGAGGGAACAAAAACCUCUACUGCGACUACCACAAGGGCUUCGGCCACAAGACCCAAAAUUGUUUCGAUUUGAAGGAUGCUCUGGAGCAGGCGGUCCCGAAAAGUAAGCUGGCAGAGUUCUCUCACCUCAUAAGAGAACCCAGGAGGUGGGAUCGUGACCGAUCUGGCAACGAUAGGAGCCGCGUCGUGAGACCGAGACAAGAACCCGAGGAGGACAAUGAACGCGGCCUCACCAUUGUGAGGUUGUGGUCGGGAGAGACACUGCCCCCAGGUCGAAGUCAGCAUGCAGGAAAGAUGCCAAAGUCUUGUCUGUGUCAUCGUCCAGUCCUGCGCCUUCCUCCAGGAGGGUACCAUCAAUAUCAUUCGGACCAGAGGAUCAAUGGUUCGAUGACUUGCCAGAUGAACCCUCCUAUGGAGAUCACAGCAAGAGUGGGAACUGGCCUGGUCAGGCGAAUCCUCAUAGAUACCAGAGCUGACUUGAACAUCAUGUUCCGUAAUGUGUUUGAUGCUCUGGGCCUCCGAGACACCGACCUGAAAACCCACCAACACGGUGUGGUCGGCUUAGGCAAUAACUUUAUCAAUCUUGAUGGCGUAGUCUCCCUACCGAUCUCCAUAGGAGGAGGUCAGGGGAAGAGGUCGGUAAUGGAAGAGUUCAUCGUUCUAAGAGACUCCACGGCCUACAACAUCAUCUUGGGAAGGAAAACCAUCAAUGAGUUCGGAGCUGUGAUUUUUACCAAGCUACUGAUGAUGAAGUUUGUUGCUGAUGAUGGGUCGGUUGGAUCCAUCAGGGGGGAUUUGAAAACGGCGGUUGCGUGCGACAACGCCAGUCUCUCCCCAAGGAAGAAGUCCUCGGUACCAGGUAGAAGUUAG